CUGCGCUAUCCACUUGUCACUGUCCGAUCGGCGCGCGCGCAUCGCCGCCACCGAUACAAACGCGUCGUGCACGUGCGUGCGUAUCCGAUUACAAUCCGAUAGUUGAUAAUAUCCGAUAUUAUCCGACACCCGUGGACCAUUGUAGUGAGAACUGUGAUUGUGUUGGACCUUUGAUUCUUGUUGAUUCGGAAAAUUUAACGUUCAUGAUGCGGCAGAGACGAGCUUUCGCCGUAGCUUUUCUUCUAUUACUCCAAACGAGUGCAAUCUUAAGUGACCAGACAUCGAACGACAACGGCGGAGGAGGUAGCAACCCGGAUACCAACAAUGCUGUGGACCCGUCUACAGACCAGAUGGCGAUGGAGUCUGCGGAGCGGGACACGCCAAGCCACGCGUACAACGGUCCUCCGCCACCCGUGCCGCCGCAGCACAACAGGAGGCAGAACCCACCUCAUCUGCAGCCGCAUCAUGCAUUAGGGAUGCCGAGAAUACCAAAUCACCAUCAAAUUCACUCCAAGCCGUUUGCCCUGGGACCGCCAGUCAAUCAUCUGAAAAACGAUAUAGGGUCCGGGUUCCGUGGUCCGCCCCCGCAACAGACGCCGCCUGCCGACGCUCAAACUGCCGCCAGCGACAAAGUAUUCAGCGGAGCUGGCGAUGUUUGGCCAGCCCCUGCGCCUGAUAUGCCUAAAAUAGUAUCUCUCGAUGUUAAAUGUGAAAAGAAUGCCAUGCGAGUGUUUCUCAGUUUCGAUAAACCUUUCUUUGGCAUCGUUUUCUCCAAAGGACAUUACUCGAACCACCAAUGCGUACAUCUGCCUCCUAAUUUGGGACGGGCUUCUGCUUCUUUCGAAAUCGGUGCUCACGCUUGUGGAACCGCUGGGAGCGGAGACCCGAGGUACAGAGGAGAUGUUGCUGCGGCCGGUACUUACUUCGAAAAUGUAAUUGUUAUUCAGUACGAUCCACAAGUUCAAGAAGUAUGGGAUCAAGCAAGAAAACUGCGUUGUACUUGGCACGAUCAGUACGAGAAAGCUGUUACGUUCAGACCAUUCCCUGUUGACAUGCUUGACGUUGUGCGAGCUGACUUUGCUGGCGAUAACGUCGGUUGCUGGAUGCAAAUUCAAGUAGGAAAAGGACCUUGGGCGUCGGAAGUAUCAGGAUUAGUGAAAAUCGGACAAACCAUGACUAUGGUGCUUGCUAUUAAAGAUGAUGACGCUAAAUUCGACAUGUUAGUGCGUGACUGUGUUGCUCACGAUGGUCAGCGCGCGCCUAUUCAACUAGUGGAUAGACGAGGUUGUGUCACACGUCCAAAAUUAAUGUCAAGAUUCACAAAAAUAAAGAAUUUCGGAGCUAGCGCAUCCGUACUUUCUUAUGCUCAUUUCCAAGCUUUCAAGUUCCCCGAUUCAAUGGAAGUCCACUUCCAAUGUACGAUUCAGAUUUGUAGAUAUCGAUGCCCGGAGCAAUGUUCCGAUGGAGGUCACAACUUAAUAGCUCAACACGUAGAAUACGGUCCCCCACAGAUUGACUCAUAUCCUGUUGGUGCUGAGAUAAGGAGAGAUGAACGUAGAGUUAGGAGGCAACGUCGUGCUACAUCUCCAGAAAAAGAAGUCGGCGUAAACAGAGUUAUUCGUGUGGUGUCUGCGGGUGACUUAAAUUUGGAUUCGACUGAAGAAAACGCAGCACCUAAAAUUGUUCCGACGCCCGGUCUCGUUUGCAUGACUACUCCUGGUUUUGCGGCGACACUUGGAACUCUACUUGCUACUCUCAUUUGUUCGUGUGCAGUGUCUGCAAUUUUGUUCUUUAAAUUGCGGCCUAUAACCAGUCUAAAGAAGAAAACAGCAGCUAUCGCGACGUUAGCCCGACCACACCCACCCGCAGGACCACACGUAAUCUCAAAGAGUCGGUUCUAUUCGUAACGUUGCCGUUUUAAAUAAAUUUGUACAUAUUAGUGUAAAGAGACUGAAGUACGUUGAACAUGCCUUUGCAUUAAAUAUCAGUGCUCGUGUGAAUGCAAACUUCGGGAAUUUGUUAAUUGUACUAUAAUAUGUAGUUUUCUACGUCUUAUUUAACGCAAGACUUAAAAAACUGCGAUGCUAAUUAUUAUAGAAGACUUUUUAUUUUGUGACGUUUCAUAUUUCACUACCUCUUGUUUUUCG